AACCCUGUCUUCUGAAGAAGGUGACUCAACAUUACGCAAUGAAGAAAAACGUAAUUUUGAUUGCCCUUGUGGCUGUGGUGUUAAUUAUAAUUACGCUAGCACACGCCGGAAAUACACCCGACAACACAGAGGAGACCAACACAACCGACGCCGGAUGGGGCAACUCGACCAGUGACGAAUCAGCUAACUCCACUUCAUCCAAGCACCCUUCAGCCUCUGACAAAUCCAAGCGGAGCGUGUCACCACACCUGACACAGCUAUCGCCAGGAAAUAGUGACAAGACUCCCGGAAAUAGUGACAAGACUCCCGGAAAUAGUGACAAGACUCCCGGAAAUAGUGACAAGACUCCCGGAAAUAGUGACAAGACUCCCGGAAAUAGUGACAAGACUCCCGGAAAUAGUGACAAGACUCCCGGAAAUAGUGACAAGACUCCCGGAAAUAGUGACAAGACUCCCGGAAAUAGUGACAAGACUCCCGGAAAUAGUGACAAGACUCCCGGAAAUAGUGACAAGACUCCCGGAAACGGCGAUAAAAACCCUGGAAACGAUGAGUCUACUGCCUCUCUCAAGAUAAAGCGGAGCAUGAUGACACACCUUACAAAGCUAUCGCCAGGAAAUAGUGACAACACUCCCGGAAAUAGUGACAAGUCUCCCGGAAAUAGUGACAAGUCUCCCGGAAAUAGUGACAAGACUCCCGGAAAUAGUGACAAGUCUCCCGGAAAUAGUGACAAGACUCCCGGAAAUAGUGACAAGUCUCCCGGAAAUAGUGACAAGAAUCCCGGAAAUAGUGACAAGAAUCCCGGAAAUAGUGACAAGAAUCCCGGGAACGGCGUGGGACCCGAUAAAAACCCAGGAAACAGUGAGACGGCGAAUCAAACCCCAGGGAAAUCUAAGGGAGUUGUGAGAAACUCCAAAAAUACUAAGAGAUCGCCUCAUAAAUAUUCUAAUGAAGCCUGGAAGAAAUCCUCCGACGGUCCCUCAGAUCAGGCGGCUAAACCGGCCAAGGACAAUGCAGAGAACAAGGAAGAUGAGAAGAAGAAAACAGAAGACAAAAAAUCUGGAUCCAAAUUUGGUUCCAUAAUAAAGCAUAUCCUUGACAACGAUAACCAUAGAAACUCAUCGAAAAAACACGACAACGGUAACCAUGGCAACUCAUCUGAAAUCAAAUUCGGCCGUGGAAACCAUGGGAAAUCUAAUAAAAACAAGCACGACAAUAAUCCACAUAACAAUGGGAACGGUCACAAACAUGGCUAAAUUUUGAUGAAGACAGUAGAUAACUUAAGCCAUGAUCGUGCUGACAGGAAAGUGAAAAAAAAAACAUUUUUAUUUUUGUUUCAGAUUUUAAGUUAUGGAAAUUAAUAAAAAUCAAAUUUAAGCAAUUA